AUGGCCGACCAAGUUUUGAGCGGCUUUAGGCCCGGUUCUAUGGCGGAUGAGCCAACAAUAAAAACUCAUUGGCUUUGCCCAUGUCCUAGGGGUAUUUCUGUUUUUUUGGACGUACAUCAUAGCCAAAGUGACAACCACGAGAGACUCAUCGGCCUCGACUCGUGA